AUGAAUCGCUUAAGUUACUCAUUACUUAUACUCGCUAUCGUUGCUACUGUUUAUUCAACAGAUUAUUUUGUUGAAAAAUUUGAAGAUGAAAGUUACAAAAGUCGAUGGGUUAAAUCAGCAGCUAAAUCAGAUUUAGGUGAUUUUAAAUUAUCUCAUGGUAAAUUCUAUGGUGAUGCCAAAAAGGAUCUUGGUCUUCAAACCUCAGAAGAUGCUCGUUUUUAUGCGAUCUCUUCUAAAUUUGAUGAAUUUUCAAAUGAAGGAAAAACACUUGUUAUUCAAUUCACUGUAAAACACGAACAAAAAAUUGAUUGUGGUGGCGGCUAUGUUAAAGUCUAUCCAUCAGAUACCAACCAAAACGAGAUUACUGGUGAUUCACCGUAUCAUAUUAUGUUCGGUCCUGAUAUUUGCGGUUAUGACAAAAAGAAAGUUCAUGUAAUUUUCACAUACAAAGGCAAAAAUUUAUUAACGAAAAAAGAUAUCAAAUGCAAAGAUGAUGAAUUUACGCAUCUCUAUACAUUGAUUCUCAAUUCUGAUAAUACCUAUGAAGUUCGUGUUGAUGGUGAAAAAGUUGAAAGUGGAAAACUUGAAGAAGAUUGGGAUUUCACUGUACCAAGACGAAUUCCGGAUCCAAAUGCUAAAAAACCAUCCGACUGGGUCGAUGAAGAAAAAAUCGAUGACCCAACUGACACAAAACCAGAAGAUUGGGAAAAACCAGAACAUAUUCCAGAUCCUGAAGCUAAAAAACCCGAAGAUUGGGAUGAUGAAAUAGAUGGUACAUGGGAACCACCAAUGAUUGAUAAUCCAGAAUUUAAAGGAGUAUGGAAAGCUCGUCAAAUCGAUAACUCAGCUUAUAAAGGCCCAUGGGUUCAUCCAGAAAUUGAUAAUCCCGAUUAUGUUGAAGAUAAAGAUCUUUAUUUAUAUAAAGAUUUAGGAAUAAUUGGUUUUGAUUUAUGGCAAGUUAAAUCUGGCACAAUUUUUGAUAAUAUUAUUAUCACAGACAGCGUUAAACGCGCUGAAGAUUUCGGUAACGAAACAUGGGGUAAAACAAAAGUUGCUGAGAAAAAAAUGAAAGAUGAACAAGAUGAAGUCGAACGAAAGAAAGAAGAAGAAGACCGAAAGAAACGCGAAGCUGAAGAAAAAGCUAAAAAACCAAACGGCGAUGAAGAUGGGGAAAGCGAUAGUGAAAAAUCGACCCAUGUACAUGAUGAUGAAUUAUAA